AUGGCCAUGAAUCCUUUGGUGUCGGAGGAAUUAGCGAGGCAUCUACAAAAAGAGGCACAGUCACAGCACAACAACUCAGAAUUCACAGAAGAUCAGAAGAAAACCAUAGCUAAAAUUGCAACAUGCUUGGAACUGAGAAGUGCAGCUUUACAGUCCACCCAGUCACAGGAUGAAUUUAAGCUUGAGGAUCUGAAGAAGUUGGAACCAAUCUUAAAGAAUAUCCUCACUUACAAUAAGGAGUUUCCCUUUGAUGUUCAACCUGUCCCACUCAGGAAGAUUUUAGCACCUGGAGAAGAGGAACACUUAGAGUUUGAGGAAGAUGAUGAGGAAGGAGGAGCUGGAGCAGGGUCUCCAGACUCUUUUCCUGCUAGAGUUCCAGGUACUUUAUUACCCAGAUUGCCAUCUGAACCCGGGAUGACGUUACUCACCAUCAACAUAGAGAAAAUUGGUCUGAAAGAUGCUGGGCAGUGCAUUGAUCCUUACAUCACAGUCAGUGUAAAGGAUUUGAAUGGGAUAGAUCUGACUCCUGUGCAAGAUACUCCUGUGGCCUUGAGGAAGGAGGACACGUAUGUCCAUUUUAACGUGGACAUUGAGAUUCAGAAACACAUUGAAAAACUAACAAAAGGUGCAGCUAUUUUCUUUGAAUUCAAACACUACAAGCCUAAGAAAAGGUUUACUAGCACCAAGUGCUUUGCUUUCAUGGAGAUGGAUGAAAUUAAACCUGGGGCAAUUGUUAUAGAACUGUACAAAAAACCCACAGACUUUAAAAGGAAGAAAUUGCAACUGUUGACCAAGAAACCACUUUACCUUCACCUCCAUCAAACAUUGCACAAGGAAUGACCCUAGUUGUGAGACUUCUGUGAACUGAACCGCAAAUCAUGGUAGCUGUGUGUAGUAGCCUUAGCCUUCGAAGGGCAGGAAAAGGACUGUAUUCAUGCCAGUAGGUCAGACGGGACCAUCACACACUGCACAGCACUUCACACUACUUCAGAGUCAGAGGCAAGCCUACCAUUCUGCUGCAAGUCUUUUUCAGUACUUUUCCAAAUACAGGUUUUUUUCUGAGAGCCCUGAAAUAUGUUGACUGCUUUUCCUAAUUUUUGCUGUUCAUCACUUUUUUUAUCCUAACCGUUAUUAUCCUUUUGCCUCAAACUCCACCCAAGGAUGGAGACUGCCCCUUUGCCAAACCUGUAGCAAUAAAGAUGUGGCAGGCCUACUAACCUGUUGACACUUGCUGUGC